AAGAAUCCCGUUAAGACGCAGAGGCCACCCAGGCGAAAGACAACUUAUAAAAUGACUUCUCCUCUUGGUACAUGACAUCUUCUCUUUUUGAUGGGGCUGUCGGGCGGAAAGUCUGCAUAUAUAAACAUGCCCAUUAGCCACACCUAUGCCACUUUAUGACACUCGACGUCAUCGUUGUCUUCGCUGUACGGCGUGCAGGAACAUGCUUGUCGGAAGACAUCUAUCGCGACUUUGUACCAUUCACAGCGUGAAUAGCGACCAAUUGAUGCUUGCUUCACGAUUUAGGAGCCACGAUCAAUAACUUGAUCGAGCUCAGCAGCCCGCUGGCAUUGUUCCCUUAUUCGGCAUCUGGGCCCGAUCUCGGUAUUUCCUCGGCGAGCUACAGCAUCCUUCCAAACUCCUUCACGACUGCGCGAACAUCAUGGCCUCUCACCGUAUGAUUCCGACCGCGAGGCCCCCAAGUCCUGAAUCAUCCCAACAAGGCAGAAGCAGCCCACACCCGUGGGCAAGUCGCAGACGCGACAGGGAUGCCGGCAACGUCAGCCAGGACGAAGACGAGGACGAAGUCCUCUACGACCUGGACGAAACGGCACUAGCACAGCUCCCCACGCACCUUCAAGAAGCGAUGCGCCAGCUCCAGCUGGAGCGAGUACACAAUUUCCAGCGAGCCAGCACCGGGCUUCGCCCUGGAACAGGGGCCCGGCCUCCUCGGCCGACGUUUCACAGCUAUUACGCGGAAACCUGGUUCCAAAACAUGAUGGCGCGGCUGACGGCAGACCAAGAGAUGAGUGAAGCUCACCAUGUCCGAAAUGCCCAGGCGUCAUCAAGUCAGCCGGAGCAGGAUUGGCGCGAGCGCAAAUCACAGAGCCUGCAGGCUACAGCAACCUACGGAAAGGACAGUAUCUGGUUCGCGAACGAUGGGGAUCUGGAAACAUCCUCGCAAGAUGUGAUGGUCUCGGAGUACGAGCCUGAGCUUUCCUCGACCAGGUUGAAGCGCUUUGCUCCCAACUUCUACGAACCGCGAGCGGAUGAACGAGGAAAACCGCUCUAUGAGACCGAUUCUGAGGGUAGCAAAGAACGGCUGGCCGAUAAUCGGGAAGCGGCUCCUCGACAGCGAAAGGGGAGCAGGUCAAUCAUCUCCUCCAUGCGCUGUAGAGUGCGGAGGAGUGUCCAGAGAAUGGGCAAGCUCUGGAAGCGUUAAAAUGGGUUUGCUAUUCAUUUAGCCCUGGCGUUGGCAAGAUACCAUUUUGGGCAUAGG